UCAGGCUCUGAAUCUGAGCGUGUUGACUCUUAAAAUCUUAAUUAAUACGGUUCAAUAAGGUUUAAAAUUUGACGUAUUUUCCAUUAUUAGUAAUUUUAAAAUUUUUCUUUUGCCUGCUGAACUGGACUUUAUCCAGUUUUGGAAAACAAAAACGGAGCUUCCGUGUGUUGAUUGAAUUUGAAGACAUGUGGCGGCUAUUUUGUUUUUCUCUGUAAUUAUUGAGUUUGCUUAAGGAGGAAGUGCUUCUUUUAAGUCGGUGAGAUUCAUACGAAUUGGUCGUCUGAAUACAUUGAGAGUUUGCUUGGAAAUUGAGAACUUCAACCUUGAAGAAGAUACUUUUAUUUUGCUUAUUAUACAUCUUGGAUUGGAUUCUGAAUUCAUUUUAAUUAUCGGAAUCUUUUGAUUAAUUUGGAUUGGCUUUUGUUCUCUGUAUUGAUAAGGAGACAAUUGAGUUGAUGGGGGGAAACAAUUCUAAGCAGGACAAUAAUUGGAGGCAGAGUUCAUAUGGCCGUUCAAGUUCCUCUUCAUCUUCCUGGAAUUCAUAUCCUCAGCCAGCUUAUGGUCAGGGGGGUCAUGCCUAUGAGCCACAACCAACUCCUUAUCCGACUGCACAACCCUAUUAUGCUCCUCCUCCUCCUACUACUCAAAACUAUGGCUAUGAACAAUCUUAUACUAGUGGUGAAGUCACCCGCCCCGACAAUAGAAGGAAGUUAGAGAGGAAGUAUUCGAGAAUUGCUGAUAAUUACAAUUCCAUAGAUGAGGUGACUGAGGCUCUUGCACGGGCAGGCCUUGAGUCUUCCAAUCUUAUUCUUGGUAUCGAUUUUACUAAGAGCAAUGAAUGGACAGGAAAGAAUUCAUUUAAUCGUAAAAGCUUGCAUCACAUUGGGAAUGUUCCAAAUCCAUAUGAACAAGCAAUAUCUAUUCUUGGGAAAACAUUGGCUGCAUUUGAUGAGGAUAACUUGAUUCCUUGUUUUGGAUUUGGAGAUGCAUCAACACAUGAUCAAGAUGUCUUCAGCUUCUAUCCAGAUGACAGGUUUUGCAAUGGUUUUGAGGAAGUGUUGAGUCGGUACAGGGAAAUUGUUCCUCAUAUUCGACUUGCAGGUCCCACUUCGUUUGCACCAGUUGUUGAAAUGGCCACGACAAUCGUUGAGCAGAGUGGAGGCCAGUACCAUGUUUUGGUUAUAAUUGCAGAUGGCCAGGUUACAAGAAGUGUUGACACUGAAGGUGGGAGACUAAGUCCACAGGAACAGAAGACUGUAGAUGCCAUUGUUGAGGCAAGUAAAUAUCCUCUUUCAAUCAUAUUGGUUGGCGUUGGAGAUGGACCUUGGGACAUGAUGAGAGAGUUUGAUGACAAUAUUCCAGCUCGGGACUUCGAUAAUUUUCAGUUUGUGAAUUUCACAGAGAUUAUGUCAAAGAACAUUCCUCCUUCACGAAAAGAGGCCGCAUUUGCUCUUGCAGCAUUGAUGGAAAUUCCUUCUCAGUAUAAGGCAGCUAUAGAGCUUAAUCUACUUGGCACUCGGAAAGCCAAUGCUCCACAGAGAGUUGCCCUUCCACCACCCAUGCAUGGUUCAGCAUCUCUUGGUGCUUCAAAACCUUACGGAUCAGCAUCUUUUGGCACUUCAAAACCUCAUGCUGCUAAUUUUGAGCCAAGUGUUCCCACUUAUCCGAGUGAUAGCAGCCUAUCUGGCAUGACUCAUCCGGCCCCAACUCCGAAUUAUGACAAUCUGAUUUGCCCCAUAUGUUUGAACAAUGCAAAAGACCUGGCCUUUGGAUGUGGUCAUCAGACAUGUUGCGAAUGUGGACAAGAUCUCGAGACGUGCCCCAUCUGCAGGAGCAUCAUUCACACCAGAAUUAAGCUUUAUUAGAAACUUGUUUGGUUUAAGCUAAAAUUCUUUGAAUAUUUUUUUAUUUAAAUUCAAUUUUAGGGUUAGAUUUGGUUGUGUACAAAUUUAGAUCAAAUGUGUCUCCACCGAAGAAAUGUGGUACCUCAUCUGCCGUUUGAGUUGUAAGUUGUAAUGUGGUGCUACUCUCUACAUGUACAGUGUGAAAUUGCUGUUGAAAAGAUCUAAUGACCAAUAAAAAGAUGAUGAAAAGAUAUUAAUUUUUGUUUAA